ACAGGCGCGGAGUGGGAAAGCGCGCGGUCACAUGAUCAUGAAAGAAAGACCCUAAAGGAGAUCCUAAGAGGAAAAUGUGCGUAUAUCGAAAGCAGAGAUGGCAUAGAGAUGGUGCGUGGUCUCGUGACGCUAGACUGGACUAGCCCGAGCGCCUGACAUUUGACAAGUGCUCAUGCCAUCGGAAGGCGACGGUCCCGAAGCGCAUAUCCUGCAUUUGCGCGAAAAGUUGAAGGCUGUGGAGGCAAGGCGCAUCACACUGCACCGCCGACGAGCCCUUGUAGAGAAGAAACGGCGCCGGCUUCAAGGUCUUCUUGAUCUGUGGCAAUCACUUAACAAUUCGGCAGCAGAGGCGCUGCUUGAUUUGUCCGAAAGCCAUCAAGCAACACAUGGUUCAGAACUUAGUGCAGGGGCACGACUCGAGGCGUUAACACAAUUGAAUGUCGCCAACGAUUGUUUUCACGUGUGGCAUUCAGGGCCCUUUGCCACGAUGAAUGGCUGCAGUAUCGGUCGACUGCCCGCUUUCGCGGCAGUGGAGUGGACAGACAUCAACGCCGGACUCGGGCAGGCGAUCCUUUUGCUUGACACACUAGUGAAGCAAACAGGCUUCCGCUUUCGUCGCCUCGAGCUCGUGCCAUUCGGCUCCUUUUCCAAGAUCUUGAGAUCCCCAUGUGACUUGUACGGACGUGGAGACGAAGUUGAUGCCGAACAGUCCUCGAAUCACCGCCAGCAAUGCCAUGAGUUUCUACUACGACGAGGCCAACCUGGCGUUUUUCCCUCGUCGGAACAUGAAUGCGGCGCUGGUUGCAUUCCUGCAGUGCGUGGAGGAGUUCGGAUCCCACGUGGAGGGGCUAGACCCCACGAUCCGCCUCCCGCACAGGGUGCAGGGCAACAAGAUCGGCGGUCUACCCAUCGUCUUGACGCCCGGCGAAGAGGACACAUGGAACCGAGCUCUCAAGUACCUAUUGACAGACCUGAAAUGGCUCUCGGCCUGGAGUGCUCGACAUGUACUGCUGUAAAGAUUGAUUCCUGUCCACGCAAAGCUCUGAACCGUGAAAGCAACUCGAACGAUCCUAAAUG